AUGAACCUGUACUCGUCAAGCUCAGACGUCACAUCCGCGGAUCUUGUGGAUGGCAGUGGCUACAUAACCUACCGCGUGACAACAGACUCGUCAAGUUGCACCAAGAGCAAGACGACCAUCACGCGCUUCCUACCAGGACAGCUAGGUCCACAGCCUGUAGUGAUUGUCGAGAUCGCAUGGCGUAAUCUGCACGACGACGAGAUUACCUAUCGUGGGCAGGUAUACAAAGCUAAAGACCUGAUCAACAAGCAUGGCUUCCUCACAGCGAAACGCAACUUCACUGGCGCAUCUGGCCGCGGUUACUAUUGGAAAGGGCGUGUCCUUUACAUGGCAAACGGUAUCGAAGCGGGGCGCUGGCAUAACGGGUCGUGCGGUAUAUUCAGCCAGGCCCAUGCUGCCUACCUACAGGUCGGCAAUCCGGAGUUCCUGAACGACAUGGACGACAUCGUACUUGUCAUGGUUUACCACUUCAAGAAGCUGGUAGAAGAAGCCGGCGUUGCUGACGCGGCUGGCUCUGCCGUUGGCGCUGUUGCUGGAUAA